AUUUUAAAAAUUCCUUUCUUCUUCUUUAAAGCCUUUAUUUUAAUGAUUGUAAUGGCCACAAAUUUACUUUUGCUUGAUGGCCCAAAAGGACAUCCUCCACCAAUUAAUUUUCAUUCUUUUGGUUCUUUAUUUGGUGUUGCUGUCUAUGCAUUUAUGUGUCACCAUUCAAUACCUGGAUUAAUUUCUCCAAUAAGGGGAAUUAAAAAUAAUUUUAAUAAAAAAUUAUUUUUGAUUUAUUCUUUAAUUUAUUUGUUUUAUUGUGCAUUGUCUUUAACUGGCUCGUUUGCUUUUGAACAUGCACAAGAUAUUUACACUAUUAAUUUUUUGCACGAACAAACAGAACAUGUCAAUUUGUGGGAUUCUUUAAUUGAUUAUUUCCUCGCUUUAUUUCCAGUUUUUGUACUUACAUCUUCAUAUAUUAUUGUAGCAAUUACUUUAUGUAAUAAUAUGAAAGUUUUAUUUAAAUUAUUAAUUAAUGGAAAAUUUGGAAGAAUUUUUAUUAGAAGAAAUUUAGAUAAUCAAGAAGAGGAAAUACUUACAAAGUUUUUAAUUUAA